UCUUGUUGGUGCUAUUUGUUUAUGAGUUCGAUUUCUAUAAAUUCUAAAGACUGCAUAAUAGCGAUCUGUAUUCUGCCUUGACUUGAUUUAUGAAGUUUGAAGCAAAAUCACACUGUUCGUAUGUACAGUUAAGUUUAAUGUUGGACAUUGUCAAACUAUCGGAUCGGUUUAAAACAAUGACGUGUUUUAGUUCGAAUCAUUAAAAUAACAUUGAAACACCUUAAAAUUUAAAAACCAAUUAGAUGUGACCGACAAUAAUAGACACACAUUUAGAGUUUCAGUUACGUUCUUGUUUCUCAAGCUUUUUCGAUUGCAAAAAAGGUUUGAUUUUACAAAGAAAGAUUUUAGUUUUUUGGUCAGAUAGAUCGAGAUUGAGAAAUACUUUCUCUUGCAACCACAGUUUGAAUAUGAAAGUAUUCUGCUUAGAGAUGAAAAUUUGAAAGUAAAGUAAAGUUAGUAGCAUGUCCUAAUGGACAUCGUUGUGGGGGUGGGAUGGAAUCUGUAAUGCUAUAAAAAAUGCUUAAAAGCUCAGAGAUAUAUGUUAAAAGUAAUGUGUCCAUAUAAAAGGACUGCGUAUACCCAACUUGUCAAGCCACCCAUCAAAAUAACUGUUUGCGAUUGGUUAGUAUUCUUGCGAUGCAAAACUGCUCACAUGAAAAGCUGACCUCGCAGCAGUAUCGAUAAACAGAGCGACCGUAAUGACUGGGGCGAUGACAUGAAAAAUCACGUUUCUAAAAACCCCCGCAGAGUCGCUUGCUAUAGGUGGACACAUUACCUUUAAGUCAAAUAUUUAUGCUAAAGUGCCUUGACUUUGAUUAUAUCGCAAUUUUAACCACAGUUUAAAAACAUAUUUUAAAACUGCUUGAACUUUUAAGCAACAAGUAAAACAUCAUGAUUACUGUGAUUUUUAAUAGGGAGCCUUCUAUAAGAAAGUAUCGCAGCAUUUCUUUGAAAGUUAUGCUUCAGCAUUCAACUUUUUAACUUUUAAAUUAUAAUAGCUCAAAACUAUUAUUCUAAGGGUUAAGAUCAAUAUCAUAUCCCUGUAUGAUAAUUUUUCUGCUCAUAUUUGCUCUAACAUUUUAACAUUGCUGCUCGGCACUUCGAGUCUACCUGUUAAUGUUACACCUGAACAUGUUUAAGAUCACCUGUUUUAAAAUCCUAGGUGCAAAUCUACCUUAGAAACGAGUUUAGUGUCUGUGUUAUUCUAGCUCGUUCUCUUUGAGGCAGAUAGCCUAUUGUUAUGAUCACAAUGCAACUGUCAGUAAUAAUCCCCAAAUUUGCUAACAUCUCAUCGUUUGAAUUGUCUUCAUAAUUAUCAUUGAACAGUGGUCGUUAUUCACAAGAGCUGUGGCUUAAGGUUUUGACAACAGUUUCUGUAAGUCUAUUUCUACAUUGCGCCCUUUGUUGGGUAUUCGGUUGCUUUUGUAGCCAAUUAUCCUUUCCUCCGUUCCGCUAUAACGUCGCUUGCCAGGCUUCCUGCAAAUUGAACCUCUGCAACUUUAAAGUUUUUUACAAUAAAGACGUAUAGAGCCAAAUGACUCUGAAUCUCUGAGACACAUCUACAUACUUUUUAUUAAAAGAACAGAACAAAUAUUAAUAAAGUGUGAGAAGGAAGAGCCGCAGGAUAGGCUGUCCGCCGGAUUCUGUGAAUCUUGCAAUCAGAUUUUAAAAUGAAAGGUAUACAGGAACAAAACAAUACGAAGACGAGAAUCCAAUGUCACGAAAUAAAUUUUCAAAAUAAAUUAAAUUUAAGAGUAUACAGGAAUUUGCUAUAAUAUUAAUAACAUGUAUAUUACAAAGACCGGUAAUAUUGGCAAGGUCAAUUUGGUUUAUAGCAUCAACUUUCAAUAAACCUCACAAAGCUGCUGAAAGUAUGCAAAAUUCUGUUAAAAUGCAAGUACGAUUGAGGCGUAUUCAUCGAUCAAUUGACCAAUGAGCUCGAUUUAUGUAAGUUGCGAUUAGCUUUAUCGCUUACAUGCAUUGAUAAAUCGUCACUGUGCAGUGAUAAGCUCAAAUUUGUGAUACUGUGAUACUGUGCAGUGAUAAAACUACAUUCAAGAGAAAUGUUAUUGAAAAAUAAUGAUUGCAGCAACACAUGUAGAAACAAAAAGCCUAUUUAAGAGCAUUAAAAUGAUAGUAGCAAUAAUUAUACAGUAGCAAUCAUUAAGGACAUAACAGUAGCAAUAACUAUAUUCAAUUAAAUCUCUUUAGAAAAUUUUCUACUACCUAGAAGCUACGAAGUUUUUUGUCCUGCAUCUUCUACUUUAAGAUCUUUAUUCUCGAAAACAUUUUUAAGUCUCGGCCUCUAUUUCCUUCUUAAGAUCUUUUGUAAAAGCUCGUAAGAGAGGUGUUGUAAUUCGAAAGUUUCACAAAGAUACUAACGUCGUAUACUACGGUUGGUUUUAUGGGUGUAGUCAUGAAAAUUUUCAAAAGGCAACACCCAAAUUGCUAAAAAUCUUUGAAUAAGAGAUAAAAUUUCCUUAAAGUAAACCCUGCUUGCCCUAAUGAAGUCCCAUUAUAAUUUCAUAAACAUUUUAAAUCUGGAGUUUAAGCUCGAAAAGUCUUUAAAUUGUAGAGAAUUAAACUCAUAGCCCCUUAUCCCUUCAUGUCAGAAUGCGAGUUAAAACUGUGACUGUUUUCUGGAUAAAUACAGAAAAUACAAUGAUUUAGUUCGAAACCACCCAGAUUCUCUUUAAUUUGUCCUUCUUUCUACUAUGCAAAAAUGCAUGAAUAAAGAAGAAAAAUGGGAAGCCGUUUAUCUUUUGUCCUGCGGCAAAUAUUUUGUAGAAAUAUCCCUAUCUUGCAAAUCUAUUGUUGAAGAUUUUAAGGGCUAAAUUCGUUAAAUUUUUAGAGCAAUUUUGACUGUAAAUUUUCAAAGUACAUCUAUCUUUUCAUUAAAGUUCGAGAGAUCCUUUCUUAAUACUGCACACAGUAACUCUCUAAACACUAAUUGACUAUUGUUGAUAUUUGAUGAUUUCAGUUCAGUUUUAAACUUAACGAAAAUAGCAGCUAUUUUCUAGAAAGGAAGCAAGAAGUUACUGAUCACCAUUUGUCAUCAUAAUUGCCACGCCGGAUUUUUUGAUAAGGUUCCGUUCUCAAAUUGUAGUUUAAGAAAAAGAUUUCAAUUUAAAAUGAUGUCGAACCCUUUCUUAAAAACAUCUUUUGCAAAAAACAUGUCGAAAUUAGGUCAUGGUGUUCCGUUCUUGAAUCGUGGUUGUCUGCCUCCAGCUCAGGGAGUGAGGAUAACCCUUUUUUAAAAGGACACCGAAGCUUUUAAUUCUAAAGCAAGCUGCACAUAUGUUAAUCCAAUACUGACUCUCGCUUUAUUUUUUUUACGGGGGCAUCUAAAUGUGCAUGAAAAUUAUUGGGAUGGGAAAGGCUCAUUUCGCCCCCUCAGCUCCGACUGCGUCGAAAUAGCUCAAACACAGUGUUGUUGCCAUGGUGACUACUCUGUAUCGGACCCUUCAAGUUGCAGUCACUCGAUUUCUUUUCAUUUGCUCUUGUUAGCUGCAAUGAUGCGUCUGCUAUACGUGUCGAAAACUGUAGCAAUUACAGCGGCGUUUUGCAUCUUGUUGGUAAACAUUUAUACUGCAUAUAAUCAAAGCAACGAAGGAACUGGCUAUAGUAUUAAAGAUCUGAUUAACGGACUGACCGCAUUGCAGCAAAAAUUCAAAACACUACAAGACAACCAGCUUACUCUAAGGCGCGAUUUGCUGGUCGCAGUACAUCACUUCUCUACUGAAAAUGAUAAAUUUGAUACGUACGUUAAGGAAAAGGGAAAAGGUGCACCAGAUCAUUUUGUACUGAGGCACAAGAAAAAUAAUACGGUAGAGAAAGGAGAAGAGGACGCAAUAAAACCUCUCGAACGAGUCAGCUUGAGCGGUAAGAGUCAAAAUGAUAUGGACAACGGAAGAACAGCCACUAGUGAACCAACAACUGAAUCAGCGCAAGCGACAAGUGAAACAGUUGGAACGACAAAAGAAAAUUUACCUACUCAUGUAACAACGAAAAAACAAGCUACGGAUCCCACACUAUCCUCUGAAUCGACUGCUGUUCCGUCGAGAGCAAAAGCACAAACUACCAGACCAAAAGAGUCUAGCAAAUCGUCUAUUAUUUCGCCAACAGUCAAUGUAAAAACUACCGAACAAUCAGAAUCGAGCAAAGAUGGUUUGAGUAAAGAGGAUCUAGCAACUGCUCGGGCCGCCUGUGAAGUACCCAAGGUUGACCCGUUCAACCCCGUCGUCACACAAUUCGUGAAAAAGCUGCCCAAAUUGAAGUGCAAUGGAACAGUACUCAGUAGAAUUGAAGAUGACUUGAUCAAGUUCGAUGUCAAGAAUGUUAAAGGUGCAGCUGUUAUUUGGAUCGAUAGAUACUACGAUUUUUGGCUUGAUUUUUAUGAAUGGGUUUCUUUCACUAAAUCCUUGAAAAAAUUGGAACUGAAAGAAGCAUUGAACCAGGUGGGCUGCAUCGGUUUUGGUGCGAAUAUGCACAUUACUGACAAAUUGAGAGUUACUGACAAGCCAUGCACAGCACAGAAUUUCUUCCAUUUCAAAUCUGACGGUCGGAUAGAUGUUCUUCAUAAAGAAAGUUGCAUCUUUAUAUCAGAACCAAAAGUCAAUGGUAAGGUAGAUAUUGAGAAGAGGUGUUCAACGAACGAGUCACAAUUUUCGAUAGCAAAUGAUAGUACGCUAAAACACAUAGCAACUGGACUUUGUCUGACAAUCGAAAACCAUGCUGGAAAACUUAAUGAUCAACGGAUCAUGUUGGCAAGCUGUAAUACAACAGCUGCAAAGUUCUACUUCAUCGAACCUCAGAAUCAAGAUGUGAAGGCAGAAGUGCCUGUAAAACAAGACUGCUUCAAGGUGCUAUUUGUGUUCAGAAACAAUACCUUCCACGUUGACUUUCAUUUAUAUGCAGCACCAAUUCCAGAGGACAAAUUACCAAAAAUUGAUCCAAAAAACAAAGGCAAGGGGCUCAAAUCUAACAUCGCGUUUGUUAUGUUCGACUCACAGUCAAAUGCAAAUUUUCACCGGUCGAUGCAGAGGUCGAUGAGUUUCAUGAAAUCGGACAAGAACACUGUAAUUUUCAAAGCACAGACAGUUGUUGGUGACGCAACGUCGCCUCAACUUAUCGCCAUGCUAACGGGUAAAAGAAUUACUGACCUGCCUGAAGCGAGAAGAAAUAUAAAAGGAGCAGGCUAUAUUGACGAUUGGCCUUUCAUAUUUAAAGAUCUUCACCAAAACGGAUAUAUCACUCAGUUUGCAGAGGACGACCCCUCAAUAGGGGCAUUCAACUUACGGUUUUGGGGCUUUUUACAGUCCCCUACGGUUCAUUACGGCAGACCAUAUUGGAUUGAUGCGAUGCCACACUGCAUUGGCUACCUUGACACGCAAUUUUGCAUAGGAGAUCGCUCUCUUCAUCGAAUUAAUAUGGACUACAUGAUGAGCUUGUACAAGACACACCCAGGGAAAAGAAAAUUCACCUUGAUCAUGACUUCAAAACUCGUCCACGAUAAUUUCUUUUCGGUUCAACGAGCAGAUGGGGAUGUAGUUCAACUUCUGUCACAAACAAAAGGACGAGGUCUCCUAAACGAUACGAUCCUAGUAGUUCUAGGGGACCACGGUGCCCGUUAUGGACCUUUGCGUGAAACGAUUCAAGGCAAAAUCGAAGAACGGUUGCCAUUUCUUAGUAUUACUCUCCCGGAAAGGAUAGCAAAAGAGUACCCUGACCUGCUGGUAAACAUGAAACGCAAUAGCCAUUUGCUUACGUCACACUUUGAUAUAUACGCCACUCUUAAGCACAUCCUGAGCUACCCUUCCUUACCAACCGACAUCAAAUUUGGAAACAGUUUAUUCACGCAUUUGAACGCUUCUCGGUCAUGUGAAGAAAUUGGCGUCCCUGAAUUAUGGUGUCCUUGUCUAACAUUUGAAGAGGUGAGUGUAUCCGACCCUAUCGCAACCAAAGUAGCAACCAAAGCUGUUGACUAUAUGAACGAUCUCAUUGGCCAAGACGAAAAUCUAGUAAAAAUGUGCGCACGGCUUGAGUUGGACCGGAUAACACACAUAGGCAAAAAGAUACCAAACAAACGCAUUCAAAGAUACUAUUAUUCUGAUUCGGACGAAAAAUGCGCAACUUGCAAAAUAGUUGAAUGGCACAAGGAUGUUUUCAAGGACAUACUUUAUGAAGUUUCAUUCAUAACGAAGCCAGGUGGUGGUAAGUUUGAGGCGAUUGUCCUUGAUUUUGGAGAUGGGACCAUGAAAGUCAAAAGUGACAUUAGUAGGAUUAACAAAUAUGGCACACAGGCAAGAUGUGUCGAGAAAACCUAUCCUCAUGUUCGAAAGUAUUGCUUUUGUAAAUGAGUUAAAGGGAUAUCGCAAUUUAGGUUUUGAAAAUGGCUUUGAAAAAAGCAAACAUUUUAUAUCAUAUUAAAAGAUAAGCUUUUUCGUCUCACACUACUCGGAGUAGAAAACUUCAGAAUAAAGGCUCUUAUUCUAAAGAGGAGUGUCAGACGAAAAAGCUUUAAGUAUGAUGUAGAAUGUUUGCUUUUCAAAGCCACAAUCACUUUUGUACCCCAAAAAAGGUUGUUCAGAUUUAGACUUUGACAAUUCACAAUUUCAAGUAUUUUAUAAUCCAUACUAUAAGUCGUAUUACAAAGACUGCAAUAUGACUAGAAAAUAAUGAAAUACAAUUUUUUAGUAUAGUUUAAUUUUCAGCAAUUUAUUUGGUACCUGCUAAAGCUGUGGCUAAAGAAAAUAUUUAGAAAAAGAUUAAUUGAAAUUAUUAUUUUGAUAUUUUAGUAUUUAUAUAAUCAGUGCCACAAAAUAAAGCGAAAUAAAGUUGAGAUUUUUUUGAGUAGAUUCAAUCAGUUCUUUGUAAAAGUACUCUACCAUAUUUUAGAAAGCGGCUUAUAAGUCAAAUGUCUCUUUAAAUCUAAUAAAGUCAAAUAGUUUUUUUUUAAAUUAAACUCUUCUACAAAGGGAUAAAAGGCUAAUAGGAUUUGAAAGCUAUAAAAAGUGUAGCAUCCAUGUUUACGGGCUUCAAACAUUAAUAAACAAAUGAUCUCCACAAAUUCAAUAAAUUUACAAAUCCUUUUGCAAAAAUUUGCAAAAACUUUGCCCAGUAGCGGCGCGUAGUCUUGUACAAGGACAAGGAAUACGUAUACAACAUCGGUUAUAUUUGAUUUACAUUAUACUUAGCGUUGGUAAUUUAAAUUAGUUGGUUUUAAUUAGCUUGAGUAAGCAUGGCUUGAAAUUGUACCAACUUUAAAUAAAAAUAGAAGAAAAAACUUUGUCUAGUGGUUUUUCAAUAGCGAAAAUGUAACGCCUUGGUUUCUUUUUCCUCGACUAUAGUGCAGAUGAAAACUUGUUACUUGACACUUGUUAGUGUUCUUUAAUGCACCUUUCGUCAACCAAGGCCAGUGGAUAUUUGAUUGGUAAGGAUCUUCAUUCGCUCAUAAUGCAAUUAUUUUUCAAAUUUUCUGUCGAAUUACAAACACAAACAGUUAAGAAUUGUCUCUAUAACAUUUUAAGACUAUUAAGAGCUGUGUUUGUGAAAGGAGCACUUGGAAAUUAUAUUUUGCAUUAUGUCUAGUCUUGGUAAUGUUCAUUUGAGUUUCAGUACUUAUGCUAGUAAUUUCUUGGAGUUGUCAGAUGUCUCGCCAGAGGUAUCGUCUGAAAACGUCAGGAGGAUGGGUGAGCUUCUUAACUGUGUCACGCCUUUGACAACAACCUCAGCCACUCACAUAUACCGAAUCUGUAUACAAAUUUGCAAAGUUUCAAAGUCACAAACAUGAACCGGUUGUUUCGUAUACAAAUUUGCAAAGUAAAGGAUUUACUAGUCCAAAUACCCAUUUGCCAGAGGGGCUUAUCCUCUUUUGAAUUUAUGAAAAAAAGGAUUCAUGUCGUCCAUGCGUCACCACAGUACAGACUUUACUGAGGUGAGAGAAGACAGGAUAAGUGAGAGGGAACUCAAACAAAAAUUUCAGAGUUUGAUUUUGAUGAAUUGGAGUAACUAAGAUAGUGCCCAUUCUAGCCCGAAUAACGAUAACGAUUAAAACCUGAUUCCUGCGAGAAACUUUAAUCAUUACUCGACGCAACAGUGACAACGUUCAUUAAAAGUAUUUAACGCACCAUUCACACUUAUGAAUAUAAACAUUUGCCCAGCGAACAAUAAUAAAGUAGUCCUUGAAAAAAUCUAAUAACCAACAAAUGACAAGUUAGCAUAAAACUUUGCAAUGCUUAAAAACUAAUCUGGAGCUGUUUAAAUGUAGUCUUUAUAAAGCAAUUACAGUGUACCAUUUGGUUGAAUU